AUGAAAAAAGUAAAUUCUUUUACCAUAAUCUUUUUAGUGCUUCUUAUAGUUGGCUAAAUUCUAGCAAAGCCAACUAAGAAAGUUCUUGUAACUGGCUUUUCUAGAUCAGGAAAAUCUACCUUUUGCAAUUUUUUGUGUUCAAGCUUUAAAUUUAAACCUAAAGCAAACAUUAGCGGCGCAACAUAAAUAUUUUAAACUGAAUAAAUUGAAUUAAAGGAUUAUACACUAAUUGUAACGGAUACACCAGGAUUUACAGAUUAAAAAUAAUAAAAUAAUUGGUAUACAUUAAUCGAUAUUGUGGAUUAUAUAAAAGAAUAAUAAGUUGAUUUUGUAGUAAUUGUGAUAAAUUCUUCUAUUAGAGCCGCAAAUGCAAAUGAAGAAUUUAUUUUGAAAUGGUUGCGCUAUACACUCCCUUUAAAUAAAUAAAAUUCUUUAAUUUUAAUAAAUCAUCAUAGGGAAUUCUAAGAAUUUUCAUUUGAAGAUGAAGAUGAGAGUGACUUAUGUCAAAAUGAAGAGCAAGAAAAUAAUAAGAAUUUCAUGAAUUUUAUGAAUAAUACAUUUACUAAUUCAACGAUAGAAAUAAUAAAUUAUAAUACUGAUAAAAGUAAAACAAUAAGAUUAUUUAAAAUUCUAACAAAAAAAUUAAAAGAAGAAAUUCUCCCUCUAGCUUAAUUUGAUUAUACAAAAAUUUAAGAUCUUUAACAAAAGAUAGAAAUAGACCUUUAAAGUAAAGAAAGUAUUUGUAUGAACAAAUUAAAAAAACCAGAAGAAGAAAACUAUUAAACAAAAAUAAAUUAGUUAGAUUAAGAAGCAAUACAGAUAAUAGAAGAAUAAAAAACUCUUCAAAACUUAGUAAAUAAUACUACUGAUAAUAUAGAUAAGAUUAUUAAAAGUCCAAAUUAUCCUAAUGUGCCAUCAUACUCAAGAAGUUAAGUCGAUUAAAUUAAUAGUCUUCAAGAUGAAAAAUGCAACACUAAAUUAGAAUUGCAAAAAAAAUAAAUGGUUGAACAAUAAAUAAAAGAAAAAUUAGAAAAACUUUAAGAAGAGUAUGAAUCAUUUGUUUAAAAAAUACCUUAGCUUAAAGAGUUCGAAUCAUGUCUUUAAUAAGCUAAUAAUGAUAUACAAGAAAUGAUGGAAGUUUAAAAUUACUUUAAAACACUAAAUCCUUCAAGUAAGUAAAAUCAACACAAAUAGUGA